AUGGAUCCGGAAUUGCUACAAGGAUUCCAAGUGGAUCAAAGAACCAGGUUUAACUUAGGAAAGGAGGAAGGCCGGAAACUCUCAUCAAAUAAGGUUUUAGCAGUUGCGGGUUUGUUGGAGAUGGUGACAAUGGCAUCAAAAUUGAUGUCAGCGCUGCCAUGGGAGGUUUGGUCACGUGAUGCAGGUGUUUCGCCAAAGCAGGUAGCGGCGGCUAGUCGAAUUUCGCUACUGGAUAGGAAGGUGACCGCUGUUUGGCAGAGGCAUAAAUCUUCUAGGGUCUCGAAAGUGAUGAAGAUUAUUCAUGAUGUUGUUCAUCGAUUGGCUAAAGGCAAUAAGGACGUUAAACUAGUAUUUCAUGAAUCAAUCGAAGUUAUGAGAAGACAUGUUUCCACCGCUCUUAUGAAUCAAAAACAGCAUUUGGAGUCAGUUAUUAGUUGUCAAGUUGAAGCCUCUAAGCAGAACUAUUACACUCUUUUGAAUGCUUCAAUUGAUUAUGUUCAUUUCUUUUUUUGGCAAGGUCUUGUUUUUCGUGGUCAUGAUGAAUCUGAAUCUUCAAGCAACAAAUAAAACUUUCUUGGGCUUCUAUAAUUUCUUGCUGAACAUAAUGAUAGUGUGAAGGUUGUCGCCUUUCAUAAUGCUUCUGAAAAUCUACAAUUGAAAUCACCUGCUAUACAAAAAGAUAUUAUAAAUGCAGCUGUUGUUAAAACUCUUAAUGCAAUCAUGUUUGACAUGGGUAAUGCACCAUUUUCUAUUUUGGUUGAUGAAACUCGGGAUAGUUCAGUAAAAGAGCAAAUGACAGUUGUUCUUCGAUAUGUAAAUAAUAAAGGUGAAGUAAUUGAGAAUUUUGUUGGCAUAAUACAUGUUAAAUGUAUUGAUGCACGGUCCUUAAAACUUGCAAUAGAUGAGCAAUUUUCCAGAAAUGGGUUGAGCAUAUCCAAUUUGCGAGGACAAAGCUAUGAUAGGGCUAGUAGUAUGCAAGGUGAGUUCAAUGGUCUUAUGAAACUUACCUUGAAAGAAAAUGAUUGUGCCUUUUAUGUUCAUUGUUUUGCACAUCAACUUCAACUUGCUCUUGUUGCUCUAGCUAAAAUCAUGUUGUAG